AUCAUCAACAAUCUUCGACAUUUGCGUGUAAUGGCGAAUUUGUGAUUUUAUUUUUCUCGUGUUGUAAAUUAUAACCUCUAUCAGUGUUUUUGCUAGUAAAUGUGCAAUUACACAUUUUAGAUAACGUGUUUAAGCUUUCACGUAGUGUAAUAGUACUAUUAGUAUAACCCAUGAGAAUAAGGCACGCGGUUUUUUAAGUUGAACAACACGAUGGCUGAGAAAAUAAGGAUUGAUUCCAAAUUUGAUAUGCAGGGGAACUACGAACCUUCUGAUUCGGAAAACGAGUAUACAGCUACUGAGAAAAGGCUUCUAGAAAAAGUAAGAAAAAGAAAACACCAAGAUUCUGGUAGUGAAGAUGAAAUGUAUGCCUUUUCUGAGUCUGAUGAAGAUGAAAGUGAUAAAAAUGAUAUGGCUGACAGCGACGUUGAGGGCCAAGAACAAUCUGAUGAUGAUUUGCCAGAUUCUAAAGCUUGGGGUAAGAAAAAGAAGUCAUAUUAUUCUACUGACUACGUAGAUCAAGACUAUGGAGGCUUUGGGGAUGAAGAAGAGGAUGCCCUUAUGGAAGAACAGGAGGCAAAAAAUAUACAAAAAAGAUUACUGGAACAACUGGGCGAAGAAGACUUUGCAUUAGAUUUCCUAAAUGUCAAAACUCAAGAAGUUGAUGAAAAAGAUACAGUGGUAAAAAGUGAUAUAAGUCAAAUGUCUAAAAGGCAAAAACUGCAAAUUUUGGAAAAGGAAAGCCCAGAAUUUUUGGGUCUCAUAGAUGAUUUUAAGUCCAAACUAACAGUCGCAAAAGAUGAUUUGCACCCCGUGUUGGAGCUGGUUAAAGGUGGAAAGUUUCCCAACUGUUCAGCCUCAAAGUUUGUCAAAACUAACUAUGAUUUAAUUCUUAAUUAUUGUACAAAUAUAAGUUUUUACCUCCUACUAAAAAGUCAAAAAGUUAAUAUUCAUAAUCAUCCAGUAAUUAAACGACUAUACCAAUACAGACAAAUGUUGAAAAAAAUGGAACCCAUAUAUCUCGAAGUUAUAAAGCCACAGAUUGACAAAAUUUUGCAUGCCGUGAAGAAUAAUUUAGAACUACAGUUAAUAUUAGAAAAUAAAGUGGAAGGUCAUAAACAUAAGCUAGCUAAGAAAAUUGAAAAGCCUCCUAAAAAGUUAAAACUGUUUAACUCUAUUAAAAAUGAUGAUGGGGAUGAUACGGGUGUAUCUGAUGAUAAUGAGGAUGAUGUUGAAGAUGAUGGACUAUAUCUUAGUAAUGAUGUCGACAAGUUAUCACGUGAUGCAGAAGAAUCAGAGGAAAGUGGAUUCUCUGAUAACAAUGACAUUGAAAAUGACAUGAACAAACCAUCAACGUCACUUCAGGAUGUGAUACCUGAAGAUAUAGGUGAUAAAAGGGAGAUUACCUACCAAAUCGCUAAAAACAAAGGCUUAACACCUCAUCGAAAGAAAGACCAGAGAAAUCCAAGAGUCAAGCACAAGUUGAAGUACAGGAAGGCAAAGAUAAGGCGAAAGGGCGCAGUGAGGGAACCACGUACUGAAGUAACACGAUAUGCGGGCGAAGCUUCUGGUAUUAAGGCAAAUGUCAAGAAGGGCAUUAAAAUUAAAUAAUAAGUCAGCCCUUCUAUAUUUAUUUUAUAAAAUACUUGAAUUAAAUGCUGUCCCAUCUCAGUGUUGCCAUCUGAAACAAAAUAAAAUAUGUUAACCUCAUAUUGGUAUUAACCUAUUGAU